GCCAUCAAGUAACUAUGAGCGGACGCCAUGGCGCCCGUUGAUUAGUGUUUUUCUUUUUUUUUUUCUUCAUCGUUCUUUCGUGCGUAGAAACCUGCGUUUGCCGAUCGAGUGCGCAACUGAUUUUCGACGCCCCAGGCCGCAGCAAUCAUGGCCGCUAGCCCGAAGCGCGUCCGAUCGGCGGACGCUAAGAAAGAGCGAAGCCGGGAACGCACGAAGAAGAGCAGGACGGCAUCCACAAGCAGCUCGCGCUCUAGCAGUGCUGCCAGCAGCGGCAGUAGCUCAAGCGACAGCAGUUCGAGCGGAAGCGCCUCCAGUGAAUCGUCCCGCUCUUCGUCGUCGUCGUCUUCAUCAUCGUCUCGCUCCACUUCCGUGUCGCCGCGAAGGCGCCGGAACCGUGUGUCCAGACCUGUGAAGCCAGCCCCCACUCCUGCACCCACGUCAGCAAGUGGAGCUCGUGGCGGAGGAGGUGGCAACACCAACGCAACCACUUCAAGCAGCAGCAGGCGCAAGCGGACACCAUCGCCGCCCCGCCCAUGCAAGAUCCACGUGGGUCGACUGACGCGCAAUGUGACCCGUGACCACCUGCUCGAGAUCUUUGGCUGCUACGGCACGGUGAAGAGUGUCGAGCUACCUCCGGAUCGGACCCACGGCCACCUGUCACGUGGGUUCGCCUACAUCGAGUUUGAAAACCCUGCCGAUGCCGAGCGAGCCAUGCGCCACAUGGACGGGGGUCAGAUUGAUGGUCAGGAAGUGACAGCGGCAUCAGUCUUGCUGCCACGGCCCGUGCCUCCGAGGCGGCCCAGCCCCCCCAUGCCCCCGAGACGACCCCCCGCACCACCUCCGCACUGGAGAAGAUCAUCCCCGCCGAGGUCACGUCCGCGAAGGUCACCUCCACCAAGGGGACGUUCAGCCCGGAGUCCUCCAGGUCGACAUCGCUCACCAAGACCGUCACGCAGAUCGCGGUCCCCAGCUGGCACAGGUGGAGGACCCAGACGCCACGCGCGCUCGAGCUCCAGCUCUUCACGUUGACCGCCACUUUCAUCGAAGGCCUCGGUGCAUCGGCAUCCAUUGUAAUCAUGACUGCCGCCUGCCGUCAUUUCUCUAUAUGCUGGCCAUUAAUUGCUUGCCUGUAGAGUAUAUAAUGAACUACUUCAUGACACUGUUAAUUUGGUCUGCUGUGCAUCUUGUUAACGUCAAUUGGGUACUUUGUUCUCUGCUCAUUUUGUUGUACAGUGUCAAAUGGUCUUGUACUUAUACUCUGGGUGCAGCCCCUUGAAGAAUUAACUCUACUGCUUUCCUUUUCUGUUAAAUUGGCCUCCCACAAAAGUCGGCAUUGGAAAUAUUGCGGUGGAUUUGCAGUGAUGCCUGUAAAUAAAGUUCUUGAUGUUGCAUUCAUGCUUGCACAGUUUCAGGAGUUUGUUGCUUCAAAGAUCGGAUCACUGAUUGUCCACCGGGGGGAGUUCAGUUAUAAAUGUAUUUGUGAAAUGCCAUGUAAGGCCAUGUGAACCACCAAUCACAACAUGCUCGAAAGUCAUUAAAAAUACGUUUUCACCACCCGUA